GUUUUAACCCGUGGGUUACCGGGUCCAUCUGUACAGUACAAUGGUCGGUGGUAAUAGCAGAUAUCAAACCAAUCUCACUGCGCUUUUAGCAGCCGAAAAGAAGCAACUGCUGUGGGCAUCCACUUGUUGAAGUGUUCGGACGGUGGAGAUAAAUCUCGUCAGUGUGGAGACUGAGACGUCGUCGCCAUGGAUGGUUCGCCAACCCUGGAGACCAUCCCGCCCUAUGCUGUAGCGACGGACAGCCCGACAGUGAUGGUAGAUAACGGGACUGUAGAGAUGGACGGGAGGUCGACCACGCCCACCGCGCCCAGGAUACCCACACAGACCAUGUCUGUCCUCAAACAGCUGUGGUCCCUGAGAGCUGUCAUCAUCGUGUUCCUCGUCCCCAUCAUCCUGAUGCCUCUACCGUUGGUAGAAAACUCUACAGAAGGAAGAUGCGCCUAUUUAAUCAUCGUAAUGGCCAUCUUUUGGAUUUCUGAAGCCAUCCCAAUUGCUGUGACGUCACUGAUCCCGAUUUUCCUCUGUCCAAUGAUGGGUAUUCUUACAGCGAGACAAGUGUCAGCCACCUAUUUAAACGACACGUCCAUGCUGUUUAUCGGAGGUCUGAUUGUAGCUAUCGCCAUAGAGACGUGGGACCUACAUAAACGGAUUGCGCUCCGAGUUCUCAUGCUGGUCGGCGCCGAACCCAGAUGGCUAAUGGCUGGUUUGAUGUUCGUCACGUGGUUCCUGUCGAUGUGGAUCAGUAACACAGCGACGACGGCCAUGAUGAUCCCGAUAGUACAGGCGAUCCUGCAGCAGCUCAAAGACAGCGGCAACCUCACCGGCCUGGACGGCAAAAACAUCGGCAGGAAGGGCACACAGCAAAACUUUGACAACAGAGCAUACGAGGUAGAGAUGGAAGACAUCCCACUGGACGAGAAAGCUGCCGCCGCUGCUGCUACUAACGCUGGUGGUGAUGCCGCUGUUGACGAUACCAAACAGGUUGACGUCACACACAAACACAGCACAGACAAUGACCUCACCGAGGAAGAGCAGGCCCAAGAGGACGCCGACCACCUGAGGAUGUGCAAGGCGCUGUCCCUGGCUGUGGCCUACGCCGCUAACACCGGGGGGAUCGCGUCGCUCACUGGAACCGGACCUAACGUCGUGCUCAAGGGCCAGUCAGACAUUAUUUUUGACGAACGGAAUAUCCCAAACCCGAUCACGUUCGCCACGUGGCUGAUCUACGGACUUCCGCUCUCGUUCAUCGUCCUCAUCGUGCUGUGGAUCUGGAUGCAGAUCUUCUUCCUCAGAUGCAGAGGCUUCUGUAGCUGUUUCCGGAGAAAGACAGACGGAGGGACGGACGACAGUGAAGUUAAAAUAGUCAUACGAAAGGCAUAUACAGAUCUGGGACCAAUUUCGUUCGCUCAGAAAGUCAUCAUCAUUCUGUUUAUCAUGCUGGUCAUUCUGUGGAUCACCAGAGAUCUCGGCGGAACUGGAGGGUGGGCUCCAUCUUCCCACCAGGGUUUGUCUCUCUUUCGACUCCCGAUAGCUUUUCAUCAGUGUCCUCAUAUGUCUUAUUCCCUGUUACCGUCAUCCGUGCCUAAUGUCUUCUGCUUCCGCAAACCUGGACGCUUCCGCAAACCUGACGAUGAAAGCAAGAGCCAGCUGGUGCCUAUCUUGAACUGGAGGAAUAUACACGAGAAGAUGCCGUGGUCUCUGUACCUUCUUUUGGGAGGAGGUUACGCAUUGGCUAAGGCAUCAACGGAGUCGGGCCUGUCGCGAUGGGUUGGUGAGCGGCUGACAGUUUUUAGUAGUCUCAACCCCUGGCUCAUGCUGCUCAUCCUGUGCUACAUCCUGACAUUCGCCACCGAGGUCACCAGCAACACCGCUAUCGCCACUCUCAUGAUGCCAAUCCUCGCCCAGCUGGCAUUGUCGCUGAAUGUGAACCCAUUAUUCUUCAUGUUUCCGGCAGCACUGACCACGUCGUUCGCUUUCAUGUUGCCAGUAGCAACGCCACCGAACGCAAUAGUGUUUUCCUAUGGACAAGUUCGAGUUAUAGAUAUGGUGGCGUGCGGUUUCGUCAUGAACGUAGUUACUGUGCCAAUCCUCGUCUUCGCUACCAUCACCUGGGGCAACGCCUUCUUCCACUUCGACACCCUGCCCGACGGCUUCAACGUCUCUAUCCCCAUUGCGACGACAGCGACACCGUUAAUAUGUCCGACGCUGGCUCCUGUGAUAAACGCCACGCUGGGCUCUGUGAUAAACGGAACACUAGCAUCUCUUAACGGAACUGUGGGAUAGAGGUUGAAUACUCGUGUCGAAUACAAGGGAACAGCCCGUGUAUCGCAGAAUGUUGUCACCUAAUAAACAAAAUACACAUAUACACAUAUACACACAGAUAUACAUACAUACAUACAUACAUACAUACACAAUUAUACAAACAUAUAUAAACAUACUAGUACAAUGUAUUACCGUUGUGAGAUAUAGAUAAGGCAAUUAUAACCCAAGAGACAGACACAUUUUGUUUUUAGGGCCGAGGUGUACCAAGACCCUGACAAAACAUUUUGGCCCAAGGAUUGGAGUUGCCUUACAACGGUGAUUGAUUCUUUUUCUUGUCCAUUUACUUACAGUAACAAAACAUUAAUUAUGUAAGCUAAGGUUUGUUUAUUCUACUGUAGUAGUGUUGAUAUAAAGUGGCAGUAGCUAGUGGGAAUUUCCCUAUUAGCCCUGUUCGUAGAGCGCUGAACUCUCGUACUGAGAGACCGUGGUUCGAAUCUUCUCAGUGGAGGUUGGUUUUUAUCUGUUACAUUUGGAGCCGACGUAGGGCUAAUAGGGAAAUUCCCACUAGCUACUGCCAGUAUGAGCACUUUAUAUCAACACUAUUACACAACAAUUCAUAAACAUUUCACCUACAAACUCAUUUAAUCAUACACGGGGAAAUAUAGUCAACAUUAUGCAACGACAUAAAAAUGUAACAACUUCAACAUAAAUAUAAAGUAAAAAAUAUUAAUUUGUUUAAAUAGUUUUAAUACAAUGAUCCAGCUUGAAAUGGCAAUUUGAGGAAUACCUAAUUCAACAGAAUUCUGAAAAACCGCGGCCCUUACAAAAAACCACAAAACGUUUUGUCCCAUGGGUUGGAAUUGCCUUAUCUAAACGUCACAAUGGUGAUAGAUUCACACACACACACACACACACACACACACACACACACACACACACACACACAACCUGAAAGCCAGGCUAUAAAACCAAUAUACAGCUACAAAGUAGAUUUACAGCAAUCAUCUUUCUCACUUCAGCGCGACGAAACUGACUUUAAAAGCAACCAGCCAUUAUGAUAUUUAUAUUUAUUUUAUGAUGUAUAUAAAUAUAUGAAACUAUUUUAUGUUAUAAUAAAUAUUUAUUUUUUUAUAUUUAUUGUAGUGAAAUAUUGUUGAUAUACAAAUGUAGAAAACCCC